CGCCGCUCAUUCCCAAACCUUAAACUCGAAAGUGAUUUUGUUGUCAAGUCAAGAAUUAAAAUUAACUUUAAUCUGGUGUCUAUCAAUUAAAGUGUGUGAUAUAUAUAUAAAAGUGUCAUUUAUUGAAGAUUUAAUUGAAUAAAUUCACAAAAAUGGCCGACAGUGGUAUUAAACGUAAUAUUCCUAUUAAACUUGGUGACUUCAGCGUCAUUGACAGCGAGUUCUCCAACAUUCGUGAACGUUUUGAUGCUGAAAUGAGAAAAAUGGAGGACGAAAUGGCCCGCUUUAGAAGUGAACUCAUGAACCGAGAAAGCAACAAUUUUUUCAAGAGUACUACUAGCCGACAUCACACAAGCACCAGUGAAUACCGUUCUUCAACGACCUCAAAGACGGAAGGUUGGGAAAAGGUUGAUCCUGCCGCGCUGCCAAAGCGUUCCGCGUUCGACAAGGCUUUCACCAGUACAACCACCCAACAGAGCACCACGCAAAACAGUUCUCUAAGCCCACAACAUGAUUCUCGUACUUGGUUGGAUGGACUCAACAGUCCACUUAUUCAAGAUGAAGGGGAUAAUAAAAUGUUAAAGCUGAGAUUUGAUGUUUCUCAAUAUACACCAGAGGAAAUUGUUGUUAAGACAGUGGACAACAAACUUUUGGUUCACGCUAAACACGAGGAGAAAACAGAAAGCAAAACCGUUUACCGAGAGUACAAUCGAGAAUUUUUACUGCCUAAAGGAACCAAUCCUGAGACCAUCAAAUCUUCACUUAGUAAAGAUGGUGUUUUGACAGUUGAAGCUCCUCUUCCAGCAAUUGGUGCCGGCGAAAAACUUAUUCCUAUUGCACACAGUUAAAUACUCAAAUGAACAUUUGAAUGAAACGCA